AUGUUUCAUUUGGUUGUGAAGAAUGGUCUGCAGUUCGAAGCAAACGGUUUUUUUUCUGUCAACAAUUCGCUCAUCUGUUCGAUGAUAAUCACUGCUACAACCUACUUAGUAAUAUUGAUGCAAUGGAGUCCCCGAACAUCUUCAGCGGUCGAAUAG